GAUGCUGCCACUUGCCUACUGGGUUCUUAAAUGACGUGUCAUCUGAAUCAGACGAGGGGGAGGAGUGAGGUAAUAAAUAAAGAAACAAACAAGGCAAGUCCACCGAAACGCCACCAUCCACCUCCUCUGUUUCAAGCAUCGUCGGCGGUGAACGGUGGGAUCACUGGGGGGAAAGAACGCCACUGUUAUUUAAUGGCCCAUAAAUUGAGAGGCAAAAGAGUUGGCUGAAUAACGGGGGUCCUUGGCGAGGAUUAUAGUCCUUCGCAGGAAGAGAGAAGGACGCCUUGUCCGUCGAGCAUCAUCCACAGCGAACCAUCAUUGUAUAAGGAGGCAACCAUCCAAACCGUUACAUGGAUUUUUAGGGGCAGCCUGGAAUACGACGACUGGUUGUGCUUUGGGGGGGACCAUUUUUGACGUUUGAUUCGUGAGGUUGGACGCCACGGAGAGAAGAUGUCGGGACAGACGCUGACGGACCGCAUUGCCGCGGCGCAAUACAGCUUGACGGGAUCGGAGGUUGCUCGAGCUGUCUGCAAAGCCACCACUCAUGAGCAGACAGCACCCAAGAAAAAACACCUGGAAUACCUGAUUGAGGCCACCAAGGAGACCAAUGUGAACAUCCCACAGAUCGCGGACACGUUGUUUGAGAGGGCCACCAAUGCUAGCUGGGUGGUGGUGUUCAAGGCCCUGAUCACUACGCAUCACAUGAUGGUCGCUGGCAAUGAGAGGUUCCUCCAGUUCCUUGCCUCCAGGAACACCCUCUUCAACCUCAGUAACUUUCUGGACAAAACUGGCUCCCAUGGCUACGACAUGUCCACGUUUAUUAGACGCUACAGCCGGUACCUCAACGAGAAGGCGUUCGCCUACAGGCAGAUGUCCUUCGACUUUGGCAGAGUGAAGAAGGGAGCUGAGGGGGUGAUGAGGACGAUGCCUGUAGAGAAGCUGUUGAAAGGAAUGCCCACUCUGCAGAGCCAGAUCGAUGCCCUGCUGGAGUUUGAUGUCCAUCCCAAUGAACUGACCAAUGGGGUGAUCAAUGCGUGCUUCCUCCUGAUGUUCAAAGACCUGAUCAAGUUAUAUGCCUGCUACAACGACGGGAUCAUUAAUCUAUUAGAGAAAUUUUUCCAGAUGAAGAGGGGACAGUGCAAAGACGGGCUGGAGAUCUACAAGAGAUUCUUGACCCGGAUGACCAGAGUCUCUGAGGUCUUCAAAAUCGCUGAGACCAUCGGAAUUGACAAAAAUGAUAUCCCCGAGCUCACCCAGGCCCCUGAGAGUCUCUUGCAGUCCCUGGAGACUCACCUGAACACUCUGGAGGGGAAGAAGCCGUCACCGACCAAGGAGUGUGAAGAAAAUGGCUCCCCGGCCGCAGCCGCCACGCCUACAAAGGCUCCAGCGGCCCCUGCAGCUGCUGCUGCUCCAGUUGCUCCUGCCCGCCCUGGACCACCUGCCAGACCCACGGCGGCACCCACCUUCAAGAGCUCCAACAAUGCUCUGCUAGACUUGGACCCAUUGUCAGCCUCCCCAUCAGCAGGCGGAGCAGCAGCCUGUAUCUCGUCAUGGGGAGACCUGCUUGGUGGCGGUGAGUACCGACGAACAUUCUGUUCUUUACAGCUCCCAUCCACAGCAGAGCAUGGCAACUGCUAGGAUUUACACCUGAAGUUAUGAUCAACACCUAUCUGGAGGCUUAGGCCACGUUCCAGGCUGACUGCAGUAAACACCUGGAUAGGGGUUUAACAUAUCAGCUAACCACAUCAUCAGCUAGCCACAUCAUAUGAUACGGCAAUCUGCUACCGACUGCGCAGUAAAGUUGAUGCAAUGAUGUACUGCAAUGUAGUCGGUCUGGAAGAUGACCAUUGUACCUGUGGUUCACUGGGCUUUCAGUGCAUGACUCCAGCUGCAGACCUAGGAUCUGAGAGGAUCAGCCUUCUUCUUAGUCUUGCUCUGUGAUCUCUAACAAUGUCUCUCAAGGUGUAACAUACUCCUCUCCACUUCUCUAUUACCACUGUUUUCUUUGACAUAUCUUACAUGUAUCUUCUUUUUCUCAACCCAAUCCCUCUACUUCUCUCUCCCUGUUAUAUUCCCCCCUAUUCCUCUAUCCUGUUGUGAUUGGGGAUGGGCUUGG